AAGUCAAUGCCAAGGUGACAAGCAUGGACUCACUACGUCUAGAAUCUAUUCCUAGAAGAUCCAGCCUGAUGGAUUUUAUGAACAAAGCGAAAGCCAGUUAUUUGGAUCCUUCAUUUGUUCCGAAAACGUUAAAAGGUCGUGGACCUUUGAUACACAUAGAGUCUUCUGAAGAAGAAGAAGCACUGCGUUCAACCGUCCUAGUAUUAUACAGUGGUGGAACAAUUGGAAUGAAAAGUCAUGACGGUGUCUACUCACCGGAACCUGACUUUUUGGAACAAGCAGUAAAAGAAAUGCCCAAUCUUCACGACAAAGAAUACGCCAGGAGAAUUCAGGCAAUGUACACUGAUAGCAGACCUCUUGUAAUGCCAUUGUCAAAAGAAGGUAAACGGGUUAUUUAUUAUAUCUACGAAUAUGAACCUCUCCUUGAUUCAUCAAAUAUGACCAUGACUGAUUAUGCAAAAUUGGCCAGCGACAUUGAGUCUGUGUACGAUGAUUUCGAUGCCUUUGUUAUAUUACAUGGAACUGAUACAAUGGCGUAUACAGCUUCGGCAUUAUCGUUCAUGCUUGAGAAUCUUGGCAAAACAGUUAUCCUAACAGGCUCACAGAUUCCAAUAUUCGAAGUUCGAAGUGAUGGUUUAGAGAACUUUUGCGACGCUCUUGUUAUAGCUGGUCAUUUCGUUAUUCCAGAAGUGACAAUUUGUUUCAAUAGGAAACUAUUACGCGGUAAUAGAUCGACAAAAAUUGAUUCAGGAUCAUUUGAAGCUUUCCAAUCGCCAAACUUACCCCCCUUGGUUAAUUUGGAAAUAGACAUUCACGUUGAUUGGGCUGCUAUCUAUCGUUCAAAAGAAGUUGCUAAAUUUAAAGCAUGUUUGGAAAUGUCACCACACGUUGCUCUACUUCGCCUCUUUCCAAGUAUUACGGCAGAAGCCGUGAAAUCGUUUUUGCAACCUCCCAUGCUUGGAUUGGUUAUAGAAUCAUAUGGUGCUGGUAAUGGCCCCGAUGUUAGGACAGAUUUACUAAAAUUGUUUAAGGAGGCUACUGACAGAGGGGUUCUACUUGUUAAUAUCACGCAAUGUUAUAGAGGAGCAGUUUCCGCUUCUUACGCAGCUGGAAGAUCUCUUUUAGAUGCUGGAAUUCUUUUCGGUUCCGAUUUGACUCCUGAGGCUGCUCUAACCAAACUAGCCUAUGUUCUUGCCAAGAAAGAUUGGAGUUUUCAGAAGAAGAGAGAGGUAAUGGGUAAAAAUAUUAGAGGUGAAAUGAGAGUAUCAGAAGGUAAAACUUUACCAGCAUCAAAAUCUCUUGUUAAUUAUUCAUUGCUAUCUAAACUAUCAAAACAACUGAUUGUAAGCUCCGACGAAGAUGUUCAGCUAUUAAAAGAUACUGUCUUGCCAUCGCUUAUGUGCGCUGCUUCUAGAUCAAAUGAUAUUGAUACUUUAGAAGGAAUCAGAAAGACUGAAGGAAACAUAUUUAGUAUGGGAGAUUACGAUUUGAGAACUCCGUUACACGUUGCUGCGUCCGAAGGUUUGACGGACGUAGUUGACUAUCUUUUAAGGUAUGGGGCAUCGGUUCACGUUAAAGAUAGAUAUGGGCACACUGCUCUGGAUGAUGCAGUUAGGUUUAAUAAGCAUGCAAUCAUAUCAUCACUUCGAAAGGCUGGAGCCGUUCUUAGAGUGUUGCCAAUGAGAACCGCUAUGCUGAUGUGUCAUGCAGUUGCAACAAAUCAUAUAGAUAAUCUAAAAUCGUGGAUAUUAGCUGGGGUAGAUCCAAACGUUACAAACUUUGACAAGAGAACCGCUCUACAUAUUGCAGCUUCAAUCGGAAAUGUAGAGCUGGUAGAAUACUUGCUUAGUGUUGGAUGCAACCCAAAUUUGGAGGACGUACACGGAUUAACCUCAAUAGAUGAAGCAAAGAGAAAUGAGCAUUUAAAGUGUUUAAAUGUACUAUUAGGUAAAGGAAAAGGAGAAGUUGAAGAAUCUCCCAAAUCUGCAAAUUUUGAAAUAUAG